AUGGAUACUCCACCAGAAAAGGAUUGGGUCCCGCUGGACAGUGGUCAGGUCCGAAGCGGACUCGGCCUAGUGUCAUCCAGGACUUCUGAAAGGCUUAAUCAAGUCGACCGUAUCCGUGCCAAUGGGGUUGGCGACCAUAUUGCGCUUCCGCAACUGGUGGUCUGUGGCGAUCAAUCAGCAGGCAAAAGCUCUGUCUUACAGGGAAUCAGUGGUAUACCUUUUCCUCGGCAGGAUGGAGUUUGUACUCGGUUUGCCACGGAGAUAAUUCUUCGCCACGAACCCAAAUAUCGUCGGAACACCGCAACUAUUAUCCCUCACAUUUCCCGCCCGGAAGAUGAGAGGGCUAGGUUGAGCGCCUUUCACCGCGAGGUCGCUGACCUCGCGCAAUUGCCAGGCAUUAUCGAUGAAGCAGCAAAGCUCAUGGGUAUUCAAGGAGCCAAUGAGUUAGUUGAUGCGCCGACGUUUACCGCUGAUGUACUUCGAUUGGAAGUCGUUGGGGAUACUGGCCUGCAUCUGACCCUUGUUGACUUACCUGGGUUGAUCUCGGUAUCUGAAAAUGAGGAAGACCUGCAGCUUGUCAACGAUCUCGUGAACUCAUAUUUGGAGAACACCCGGACAAUUAUCCUUGCCGUGGUCCCCGCAAGCAGCGACGUGGAUACCCAGAGCAUCAUUCAAAGAGCUCGGCGUUUUGACAAAGAUGGCCUCCGGACUGUUGGAAUCAUCACCAAACCAGAUCUUAUCAAUAACGGCACCGAGGCCCGGAUUGCAAAAUUAGCCAACAAUGUUGACAAGACGAAACUGAAACUCGGGUUCUUCCUUCUGAGAAACCCUCGCCCCAUUGAUUUGGAGAAGGGCAUAACUAUGGCUGAGCGUCGGAAGAUGGAAGCGGACUUCUUUGCCAAUCAGCCUUGGAACAAGCUUGGACUCGAUCCUUCGCGUGUCGGCAUAGAUAACCUUCGGGUCUUCAUGCAAGACCUCCUUGAUCGACACAUUGAGCGCGAACUGCCGAAGGUUCGAAAGGAUGUGGCUCAACUGCUCAAUGAGAUCAAUACGGAACUCAUGGAUCUCGGGACUCAAAGAACGUCGCCUGCGCAGAUACGUAUCUACCUGAUUCGCAUUGGUACUGACUUCCAAAACCUUGUGAGGGCUGGGGUUGACGGGAUCUAUGGCACACGAGACGGGUUCUUCCAUGAAAUUAACGGCGAAAGAGACUAUCAUCGCCUUCGAGCCGCUAUCCACAUGGAAAAUGGGCAGUUUGCCAACUAUAUGAGACAGCAUGGGCAAAAACGUAAAAUUGUUUCGGCGAAUGAUCAGGAAGAUAUGGAUCCGGACACCGGCCAGAUGUUCGUAAGUAAGGAACAAAUGUCAGCGUGGAUCAGAAAGGUGAGGACAUGCUUACCGCCACAGAUUUAUGAUCGCACCCGUGGCCGAGAACUUCCUGGGAAUUAUAACCAUGCGCUACUUGGUGAAUUAUUCCAUGAGCAGUCAUCUCGCUGGGCCGACAUCGCCCGCGAUCAUGUCACUACCAUUACAGGUCUUGUGUCUCGAUUCAUCCAGGCGGCCUCGGAAUUUGUAAUAAAGGAUCCCAGUGCUCGGGAGAAUAUUUUAAAGCGCAUCAUUGUCGCCAAACUGGAAGAUAAUUCUGAAUGCGCAUUCCGUGAACUGAGCAAGUUGUUGGAUGAUGAGGCCGGAUGUCCUAUCACAUACAACCAUUACUAUACGGAUAACGUGCAAAGGGCGCGUAACAGCCGUUCGAGGCAAGACCUUAGCAUUUCGCUCAAUAAUGCUAUCAACGAAGACUGGAACGGUCGAUUUCAUGUAAGCAACUCAUCUGAUGACAUCAGUCGGCUUGUGGCCUCUUUGCAAAACCAUGGUGUCAUCGUCGAUAUGGAGGAGCGGGCUUGCUACGAAGCUCAAAUUGAUUUGGAUGCAUAUUAUAAGGUUGCUAUGAAGACCUUUGUUGACAAUGUGUGUCGCCAAGUCAUUGAGAGACAUAUCUUAGCAAAGCUCCCAGCUGUUUUCAAUCCAAUGACUGUCACUACCAUUUCGGAUGAAGAUCUUGUCCAAUUGGCUGCUGAAUCACCUAAGUUGAGUAGGCGCCGGGCAGAGGCCAUUCAGCUGCAAGAGGCAUUGGAGGACAGCCUUCGUGAUUUACGUUGA